GCGACUGUCAGCCAAUGCGCUCGCGAGUGUUGUGUGCUCUCCGCUCUCUGCUGUCUGCUAUCUGCUAUCUGCUCUUCGCUGUUUGAAAAUGACAAAUGAAGAUUAACGGAUAAACGGCUAAAUACAAUUAUUUUGAAAUAUCGGCAAAGUGAUGUGUGUGUUUUAAAUAGCUGACUAAAUAAACUAUUAGAAACAAUCUUCGGCGAGUGGGCAGAUCGGAAUACACAUGAAUAUAGGUCUAAAAUAUUACGUAUACCAAAAACAUUUACGUAAUCGAGCGUAUUGUUAUGAUUCGUAUCGAACGGACACACUUAAAAUUGAAUGAUUAUUUAGUAGUGACUUCCUUUCCCUUAACGCGAUAAGUUAAUGCUCGCAAUAUGCACUCAAUAUAAGGACGCAAACUCUUAUCAAUAAGUGUAAAACACAAGUGAAUAAUAAUGCGGGUCUCUUGGCUGCUAAUCGGUGUUGCACUCAUUGCACUCAGUGCCAGUGCCAGCGCCGUGAAGCUGGAUCAGCAGAAGGAUAAGGAGACAAGCAACAAUGCCAAAGGCUACGCCCGUGACCACGCCCACACUCACGCCCACGAGGAACAAUAUCUUCGAAGGCGGAGCAAAAGCAAUGGCGCCUCAACUGAGGUGAGACGUGGCAAGGAGAGUCGACGGGAGCAUCAACCAAUAAGCAAUAGUGAGGAGGAGGAUUACGACUGGAUCGAUGCAGAUACCAGCGAUGCAGUCGACCACUCAGUGAUCAGCUCUGAGUCGGUGACAGCAAAUAAUCCACCCCAUGAUAUCUUCACAUGUUGCAAUCAAGUCUUUGGCUCCUGUCGCACAGCAUGUGAGAACUUAUCCUUGGUACAAUUGGAUGGGAGCAAUGGACGCGAGGAGCCUCGCACAGAGUUAAGGAAGUAUUGUCAAGUACAUCAACUGGAAUUUUGGGGUUGUGUGAACCUCACUCUCGAAGCGGUCAACAGAGGUAAAUCUUGGUCAGGUCGGCGCUGCUGCCAAUUGGCCGUUCUGCCGAAAUGCAAAAAUGCGUGCGCAACUGCAUCCGCUGGUGACGAGGUGAGUGACGUCUGUCGGAGAAGCGACGAGCAGGUGCUCUAUGACUGCUUCGAUCAUCAGAAUGCGGCAGACAGUUGCUGUGGACAGGCACGCACCUCGGAAUGUCUGCAGGCCUGUCGUGAAGUGUUUGAGCCGCCAAAUGAGACUGGAAAAGGCAGCGACGGUGGCAACUUGGUGGACGUGGUGUGCGGGGAACGCAAUGCCGAUGUGGUUCAAUGUAUACACAACCACACGGACAUGACGCCACCGCUGGAUGCUGAGAAAUAUUUGCCAUGCUGUGAGUACAGCCAGGAGGAGAUUUGCCACCGCACGUGCAAGGAUGUGUUGCAAGCGUCGAAGUUGCAUCAAAAGGGUGAACGCAGCGACAUUAUCUUUGGGCGUCUUGAGGCAGGAUGCGGAACACCUUUGCCGCAUCUGCCCUUUUGGCAGUGCUUCCUCACGGUGACGGGUAAGCUGUAUGUGCCCGCUGGAGGGCAAUCCCAACGUCGCAUGGAGCUGUCCUCGAACGGAGUCGAGCCCAAUAAACUGGGCAUUGAUGCCGCCAAACGACAGUGCUGCGAGCAUGCCAGCAGUCACAAGUGUCGUCGACUGUGCACCCAGAUCUUCACCAACGACUGGUGGGAGACACGCUUGAGCUUUGAUAGCGAAUGCUUGGAGCAACCGACGGAGCUGGAUCUCAAGCGUUGCAUUGAGAGUGUUGAUGCUCCCUGUGAGCUUGGCUGCAAGGGUCUCGAUUUCUGCACCAACUUCAACAAUCGUCCGACGCAGCUGUUCCGCAGUUGCUCCUCUGCUCAUGAUGCAGCUGCUCGCGAGGAUUUCCUGAUGUUGCAGCAACGUGGCUAUUUCCGCGUUCUUGGCCAUGAUCUUUACAUAAAGAAUACCUCUCGCUGUGCCCCUGACAAGUGGCAGGCACUUGUCUGUGCCCUGCAGAUCCAGCCGUGUACCCGCGUGGGACUCUACAAUGGGAUCUGCAGAGAGGAUUGCACCGAACUGUUGGACGAGUGCCUCGACUGGACACGACAGCCACAACGUCCACAGGCGAUCUGUGAGCGACUGCAGCCGCCAUCGAAAAUGGGUGAUGAUGAACCCACGCCCUGCAUCUCAUUAGGUGCCUUCCUAAAAGGUGGAAACGUAUUCGAUAAGGCAUUGGACCCCACGGGAUCUGGGCUGACAUCCCCAUGUGCCGCCAAGCCCUGCAAUGGCAGUGAGGUGUGUGAGCUUCAACGGAGCGGGAGUCAAGGAUACGCCUGUAUUCCCGGCUGUAGCCUGGGACAGGCCUCCACACUGAUGGUUCCCUUCGGGGCAUUUGUUCGCGUGGGCAAGACGAGUGUCGGCAGUGGCCUAAUCCUUGCCAGUGACCAACUGGUGACCGCUGAGCAUGAGGUGUGUCGGUGCGGACUGCGUGGCAGCAUAGAGCAGUGUCAACCCCUUCCCAGCUACAAGCAUGCCAACUGUGUCCUUUCGCGAGAUCACAUCUAUCGACAUGGUUCCUCUUUUCACCUGGAGUGCAAUCUGUGCAGCUGUUUCGCCGGCGAGGUAACCUGCACCAAGCAGCAAUGUCGACUCGCAGACUACGUGGAUGCUGGCUACACCAGUCUGCCAUGCAACUGUGCCGCACACUAUGUGCCCGUCUGUGGCGCCAAUGGCAACACCUAUCCCUCCGCCUGCGUCGCCAAGUGCCUGGGCUUGCAGGAAUCCCAAUACGUCUAUGGAGCCUGCAAUGCACGUAAUGCCUGCCAGAUGAGCCUCAGCAACGGCAAUGCCCAUAACUGUCCAUCUGGCACUCAGUGCCUGGAGAAACGACAGAUUUGUCUGUCCAGCAUGCAAAGACCGUGUCCUCAGUACAUUUGUGUGAAUGUUUCGUCCUCCAGCUGCGGUCUACACCAAACGGAGCAACUGUGCGAUACGCAGAGCAAGAAUCACCCGAAUCCCUGCUCGCUACUGCGGACCAACUCCCAGUUGGCCUAUUGGGGCGCCUGUCGACCGGAUCACGAAGGCGGCAAUGAGCUAAUGCCAGUGUGUGGCGUCAACGGAGUAACCUAUCGGAGUACCAGCGCCGCAUUGGCCGACUUUGUACUGGUGGAUUAUGUUGGACGAUGCCGCGAGGUCGGGCUGCUGGCCAGUGACAUGGGAAGUCGCUGUAAGACCGUCAAGUGCCCGGCUCCAAUCUCGAAACACUGUCGCCAAAUUGUGCCUCCAGGUGCCUGUUGUCCGGUCUGUGGUGGCGGUGCCUUCCGGAUUAUCUAUUCCCGCAAGCAGCUCGACAGAGCAUUCUACGCUCUUCGCGGUGAACACAACUCGUUGCUAACGUUGCACAGCAUUCUGCAGGAGCUAGAUCGUCUGGUUCACGUGAGCGAGUGCCAGCUGACUGGAUUCCUCACAAUGGAGGUGGGCAUCUUUGUGGCACUUGUUCCCCGUGGUCCGAGACCUACAGGCCUCCAGGUCAAUGCGUGUGAGGCGGAAGCGGAAAAAAUCUCUACCUUAAUUAGCUCUCAGUCACCGCGAAUCACAACUAAUCUCGCACUCUCCAGCCUAACAGUCUCCCAUAUGCUGGAGUCCACUCCGAAUGGCGUCGCGAAAGUGUUAUCCCAUGGACUUAUGGUUACUAUACCCAUUGGUACACUUCUUCUGGCUCAGCUUCUCAGCUUCAGCGGGAGCAAUAUUUAAUUUUUAAGUUUGUAGCUUAAGCCGGGAAGAAAGGAAGGAAGGACGGCUUAAGAAAUCAAGUGAAUUCUUGGUGCCAAAUAUUUAGUGGUUUAACGGACGCAACCCCAUGGUGCCUUCAACAGGUCGGGAUUGACCCUUCGUAUGAUGUGAUAUUAGCUAAGAUACUCUAAGUUUAAAUAUAUGACAUAUUAAAGACAUGGCAACGGUUAGACAUUAA